CCGAACUCAAAAUCAGCCAUUAUCAUUCGGAAUCAAAGCCCCAAGUUCAAUGUCGUUUCAUACCUGAACUUAAAUCAGCACCUUCCCCUCAUCACCAUCAACCGACAAACAUCUAUCCUGACACUCGACCCCAAUGAAUAUUUUUCGGACGUAAUAAUUGACCUCCCCUCUAAGAAGGAAAGGUGGAUCAUUAUAUCCGUAUAUGCUCCCACGGGCCGAUAUAACAACUGUCAACCCCUCAUGUUUCAACUCCUUAAUAAUGCGAUAAACAUUAUCAAAGAGAAUCAAUCAACACCAUUUACAAUACAUAUCUUGCUCGGCGGCGAUUUCAACAACGUCACAAAUCCUGAGCUAGACACCAUCUACAAACCCCCCCGAUCACAACGAUCCAACGACAAUACCGAGGAGCUUGAACGACUUGUCUCUCAACACUCCUUAGUAGAUGUCUUCCGUGACUUUGCUCCCAUCUCCAACUUACCCACUAACAAUCUACAGAACGGUCAAACCUCCAGACGACUCGAUCGAUUUUACGCGUCGGAAACUCUCUUACACCUGAUCCUAAACUACCAACGGGGUAUUCGCGGUGAACAUUCAAAACUCACCUCCACCCACGAUUCCAUAGUAUUGAGGUUCGUCCACUCCUGGGCUCCCCAAACUAAUAUGGGACCGAAACGGUACAUUGUUCCCAACCAACUCAUCCAAAGCAACUCCUUCAUGGAACACAUUUCUUCUAGAACCUUUCGCUCCUUUGCGGAUUUGAUCACUUUCACCCAAAAGAAUGGCCAACAUAUCUUAAAUCAAACACCCCCAGAUGAAGGGAAUGACCUAAUUCACUCUAAAGAUCCACUUUUUAAAGAUCUCCAAGAGUUCUUCCAAGGAUCUUCCCCCCGAAGAGAAGCUAUCUCGCGACUAGAAGACAAAUCAGUUGGAAAAGUCGGAGAAACAAACGGAAAAAUAUUAAAUAUCGCUACAAAUUUCUACAUUAACCUCUACUCGAAUUCCCAACCGAGAGAGCACAGAGAUGAAAUAGAAGCUUAUUUAGAAAGUUUUCCCAAAUCUAUUUCUGCAACUGAAGCUCUUCGCCUUGAACAACCUAUCAAAUCUCAGGAAAUACUUGAAGUUCUCAGGAACACUUCCAACCAAACUGCCCCAGGGAUUGAUGGAAUUACCUAUCAAUUCCUAAAAGCAACCUGAACGGUCAGUGGUCCACUUCUAGUCCAAGAAGCAAAUACUAUUCUAGAGACAGGGCGAAUCCCUUGUCACAUGAAAGAAAUUCUCAUAAAACUCAUCCCCAAACAUGAUAGGACUUCACAUGAUAUAGGAGACUAUAGACCUAUUUCACUCAUCAAUACUUCCCUUCGUUUAAUCUCAGGCGUCCUCAAUCAACGACUUUACGCUAUAUUUUCGCCGUUGAUCGGCCAAGGACAAACAGGUUUUAUGACCGGCAGAGCAAUGGAUGAACAGGUCCAUAAGUUCAAUUCCUUGAUCCAUCAUUUAAAUAACAACUACCAGACGUAUGGAGAUGAUCCAUUAAGUAUACUAAUCCUAGAUUUUACUAAAGCUUUUGAUAGGCUCUCACACGACUACUUGAUAAGAGUGCUAUUACACUUGGGCCUCGGCCCAAAGUUUAUCCAAGCAGUCAUGCUGGUUACCACCCAACAGCAGGGACGUCUAUACUUAAAUAACUACCAAGGCACGAGAUUUUCACUCUCCCAAGGUACCCGUCAAGGUAACCCCAUCUCCCCCAUUCUUUUUAACUUGGCUCUUGAACCUUUUCUUUAUAAGAUCUCCAACCUCCUACUGGGAAUCCCCAUUCCUCUCCACAUGGGGAGCAACGUAAAGGCUGACUACUUGGCUUUUGCCGACGACGUCACUGUCUUCCUACGGACGGAGCAAGACUUCCAUAAAUUAAAGCAUGAAAUCCGACAUUUCGAACGUGUUUCAAAUUCACUCAUCAAUGAAAAAAAAUCUUCCAUCCUAUACUUUGGCAAUUCACCGCCGCUCAACGUUCAACACAUUCUUCCUUACCCGAUGAAACCCAGCACAGACUCGGACAUUAGAUACCUCGGUAUUCUAAUUAACAAGUUCUCGUGGAAGGAUUUCAUUGAGUCACUACGGAAACAGUUAAGCGCCAACUUAAUACGUGGCUUACCAAUUCACCUUCGAGCACAGGGUCUAAACUCCUAUGCCUUCUCUAAGCUUUACUUCCGUGAUCUCCACCAUCCGAUGUCCAAAGAAGAUAUCCUUGAGUUAACGUCAGUUACCAAGAAAUUCUUCCCGGGCAUCGGUGGAACCACAGUCCAUGCUUUAAAGAAACACGGGGGUUACGGCCUCCUAAAGCUUGAGGACCAACUCUUGGGCCGCAGAGCGAAGGUCAUCUACCACACGUUGACUAAUAAGGAUGAUUGGAACUACAUCAUCUUUAGAGAUAAACUUCAAUACUACAUUAACACGUUUGCCCGAGUACCACUCCAUGCGCCAGCUCCAGCCGGCUGUACUACAAUGAUCCCAUGGUUUCGGUUCCUCGCAGGAGCCCGCAUCCGACACGUCUCGGGUCGAGAGCUCCACCACGCCAUUGCACAAGAGAACGAUGACACCUACUUCUCCACCACGGAGCGUGCCUGGAUACAGGCCUGGUUCGCCAUAGCGGUACCAAAGCCAUCUACCCAGUCACUUCCUCCCCUCGAAAUACCCACCGCCUUCACAGCAACGGAACAAUCCCAGUUGCUUGAAGCUCCACUACCAUCUUCCUUACCAGAAUUCAUGCAAGGUGACUCUGCGCUUGUCACAGAAGCCACCUUCAAGAGCCGCCACAGGCAAAUUCAAUUGAAGCAACCGCAUAUUAUCCCUCGAGGUUGGGAAACGGACCUUUCAAUUGGUUCUGCUAGCUGGAAAAAAUUCUGGAAACAACUCAACAAAAUCAAACUCAAACAUCCCGAGGGAGGUGAAGAAACCCACCGAUUCAACCUAGGACACCGUUCUCACGGUAAUACGGCAACAGUCCGACCCAGUUCCAUCACAACACUACCACAAAGACGGCGCCUUGUCACUCAAAUCCACUCCACGAGUAAUAACGUGGACUACGUCGAUUCUCGAUGUGUCGCUUGCUUGACAGAAAUGUCAAGCGAAGCCACAGACUAUCGCCUACUCCACCAUAUGUACUCGGAUUGCAGGGUUUCGCGCCAAAUAUGGAAUCAAUUAUCACGUGACUCACUCCAGCUACUGAUUAAAUUAUUAGUUGCAAACUCGACAUUGUCAAUUCUACAAUCUUUAAAUGUUAAUCGUUACCUCCAAGCUAUCCGUCGCUUCUUUCGAGAACGACGACAGAUUUCAACAGCGUUAAGGACAACCUUAACGAUUCGCGAUAUCACAGCUUGGGUUACGUUGUUUAAAUUAACAAUUAAAUAAAUAAUUAUGACAUAACCUGCAAGAGGUUUUCAAAGUUUAUACUUUUUCCUCUAGCUCAAAAGGUUUAUUAUAUGGCAACUAUGAAAUGAAUAUACAGAAGGAGGUUAUAUAGCCAAUAUACCAACAAUUAUAUAGAUAUAUUAUAGGAUAAUAAACAUCGAAUGAAGAAAAAUAAAAGCAAAAAAA